GAGGUUCGCGGGUUCAGAUCCCGAGUGCGCAUCAACGCACCUCUUGGCAAGCCAUGCUGUGGCGGCGUCCCAUAUAAAGUGGAGGAAGAUGGGCACAGAUGUUAGCCCAGGGCCAGUCUUCCUCAGCAAAAAAAAAAAAAAAAGUUGUCCAAGGUCCAUCAGAUGACUGAGUUGGAGUUUGUGCUCCCCAAUGUGUUCAUUUUCUAUUCUUGAAAUUGCAGAAAUCAUUAAUAGUGUUUUCUGGUUUUUAAAAAUAAGUAAGCACACAAUGAUUUUUAAACACAUACUUAAAAGUUACAAAAUAGGCUAUGAUUAUACUGAUCAAUAAAGAGUAUCAUUUGUAUAAAUAGUUAUAUAUGACAACCUUAAAAACAUCAUGCUUUCUUAGGAAAUAGAGAACCAUAGCCAUCACUCUCGAGUAAACAUUUAAAAGAGGUUCUAGGAGGGUGUCUAAGAGCACAACUCUGUGCUAAGAAUCAUUGAAUUAACAAGACCCAGUCCCUGGAUUCACGAAGUUCAUAGAAAAAUAAAGAUAUGUGUCAUACAUAAAUAUGACCAUCUUAGAAGGCAGAAUAUUGUAAGAGGUGCAAGAAAUGUAAAUUAUUAUGAUUGGAAUUGAAAAGAAAUAUCUAUUUCCCUUGUUGAAGGAGCCCUUCAAGAGUUAUGAUUUUUUUUUGUUGUUAGUGUCCUCCAGUCAAUUCUGACUCCUAUCAGACCCUGUGUACAGCAGAGCUGAACCCUGCAAGGUCUUUUUUUCCCACCAUCCUCUCAUUUUCCGGUGUUAUAUCAGACAAUGCUCUGCGGCUAUUCACCAGUGAAACCUGUCCACCAUGGGUGACCCUGCUGGUAUUUGAAACACUGGUGGCAUAGCUUUCAGCAUCACAGCAACACGCAGCCGCCACAGUAUGACAACCAACAGACAGGUGGUAUGGUUCCUUGACCGAGAAACAAACCCAGGGCCGCUGCAGUGAGAGCGCCGAAUCUUAACUACUAGACCACUAGGGCUGGCUUAUGAUGUUUUUAGUGGUUUUAAAAUGGAGAGGUUUCCUCUGGGAGAAUAUUGACUAUAAUAGGUUUUCUUGGGAACAGAGGAACUUAAGGAAAUGAGUGCACAGAAAAUCCCAAAGGUGCCUGGAAAUAGAAUAGUCUGCUUUGGUGGAGAAAUAUGAAAGAGUAUGAGGAAAGAGUAUGAGAAAAGUAGGAAAGAGUAUGAGAUAAGGCAGGAAAAGUAACAUGAGAAAAACCUCUUGGGUAACUUUGAGUACUAGACUAAGAAAUUUUGAUUCACCUUUAAAGUCAUUUGAAAGCUAUCAAAAAGUGUGAAGCAAUAGGAAUAAAACACGUUUUUCAGGAAGAUGACUGUCAGGAUUAAAUGAAGGAUAAAUGAGGUCGUCACAGGAUGACACAAUAAGAAGCAAUUACAAUAAUCCAGGAUAGCAACAAUAUUUAAAACUCAUUUAGGCAGAUAUAAAACUUGGGAAGCAUUAGAAUACGGACCUAAUUGUUUUACUUGCAGUUGGGAGCAUGGGAGUGAAACAUUCAAGAGAAUUUGCUCUGUUAAGUAGAACUAAAAAGGAGAAAACACCCAAAGGUUGAUUAAAGGACUGUUCUAAGAAUGACAGAUGAGUGCCAACAUUUAUCUAAUGAAAUAAACUUGUAAAAUAAUCUAAAUCAUAUUGGAGAUUGUAAAAACAGGUGGAUAUUUAUAAAACAUGAAGCUUCGAAAGGAUGGAAAGAAUAAAGAGAUAUAAGAACCAUAAACUCCUGAAACACAAUGUAUAAAUUCUGAUGAAAAGAGAAAUUCAGAAUACUUCCUUCUCACAAAAUUCACUUAAUACAAAGUAUUCCUCUUCAAAGAUCCCCCAAACCUUCUAUUAUUGUGUUUUAUUAAGAAAAAUAUAUGAAUUAGUUGUUUAUAUUCCUUGCUUCCUAAAAACGAGCAAACAACCUUUCUAAGUUUUUCUGCCAUUAGUAGAUUCUUGAGAUCCUUGAGGUCCCUAGUGAGACCAGGAGUUUUCUUAACAGAAAGCAAGAAAACGGAGUUUCCUGAACUCUGAACAGAGGAUUUUAAAAUUUACUGUUGCUACCAUGAUUUGCUUUAUUGUCACUUACAUUUUUAUCUUUAUUUUAAAACUGUGGAAAUAUGUAUUUUCAAGGCAUAAAGAAACCACAAUUAUGGUCAAACUAAAUGUUCAGAAGUUAAGUCUCCCAAGAAUGCCUUCAGCAAGUGUGAGAAAUGUCCUACGCUUUAACAAAAAUAAAGAAAAAAAUUCAGUGGUUGAAAUAAAACUUUGCAUUUAUUAAUAUAAAGUUUUUUUGUAAUUCGUACUUACUAUUUGGGCCACAUGAUGUCGCUCUUUACCGCGAAAUUCUCUCAUAUUCAAGACAAAACGAAGUCAGUCCUCCGUUUUCAUAUUGGAAAGACUCUCCACUCUGUUUCACUAUCAGGAUGUUGAACAAUGGCGAGCGUAUCAGGAUAGUAAAGAAGGAAAAAGAAGAUUCCUCUAAAUUUUGAGAUAAGUUACGCUAAUUGGAAUAAAAAAACCCGAAUAAUUGGAAAUGGUGUACUCGAAUAGAGGUGACCAGAGGGACAGGCAUCUACUGCUAUUUUUUAUAAUUCUCGCGGCUUGGGAGACGGGGAGCGGCCAGGUCCACUACUCGAUCUCCGAGGAGGCCAAACACGGCACCUUCGUGGGCCGCAUCGCGCAGGACCUGGGGCUGGAGCUGGCGGAGCUGGUGCCGCGCCUGUUCCGGGUGGCGUCCAAAGGCAGCGGGGACCUUCUGGAGGUAAAUCUGCAGAAUGGCAUUCUGUUUGUGAAUUCCCGGAUCGACCGCGAGGAGCUGUGUGGGCGGAGCGCGGAGUGCAGCAUCCACCUGGAGGUGAUCGUGGACCGGCCGCUGCAGGUCUUCCAUGUGGAGGUGGAGGUGAGGGACAUUAACGACAAUCCGCCUCUGUUCCCCGGAACACAAAAGAAUCUGUUUAUGGCGGAAUCCAGGCCGCUUGACUCUCGGUUUCCACUAGAGGGCGCCUCCGAUGCAGAUAUCGGGGAGAAUGCUCUGCUGACUUACAGACUGAGCCCCAAUGAGUAUUUCUCUCUGGACGUACCAACCAACGACGAGCAAGUAAAACCUCUCGGACUUGCAUUACGGAAACCUUUAGACAGAGAAGAAUCUCCAGAACUUCAUUUAGUGCUCACGGCCACUGACAGAGGCAAACCGGAGCUAACUGGCACAGUUCAGUUACUCGUCAAAGUGCUGGACGCCAAUGACAACGUCCCAGCUUUCGAUAGAACACUCUAUGCGGUGAAAUUACCAGAAAAUGUUCCUAAUGGAACGUUGGUAAUUAAACUUAAAGCCUCAGACUUAGACGAAGGCUUGAAUGGGGAUAUUGUUCACUCAUUCUCUAGUGACGUUUCUCCAGAUAUAAAAUCUAAGUUCUACAUAGACCCCAUAAGUGGGGAAAUUAUAUCAAUAGGACAUAUCGAUUUUGAAGAAAGUAAGGCCUACAAAAUUCGAGUAGAGGCAAUCGAUAAAGGCUUCCCAUCCCUGGCUGGUCACUGUACAGUUCUUGUGGAAGUUUUGGACGCUAACGACAAUGCUCCGGAGUUGACUGUUACUUCCCUGUCUCUCCCUAUCUCAGAGGAUGCUCAGCCGGGAACAGUCAUCACCUUGAUUAACGUGUCUGACCGAGAUUCUGGAGCUGACGGGCAAGUGACCUGCUCACUAACACCUCAUGUCCCCUUCAAGCUGGUGUCCACCUUCAAGAAUUACUAUUCACUGGUGCUGGACAGCGCCUUGGACCGCGAAAGCGUGGCGAAUUAUCAGCUGGUGGUGACCGCGCGGGACGGGGGCUCGCCUUCUCUGUCGGCCACCGCCAGCGUGUCCGUGGAGGUGGCCGACGUGAACGACAACGCGCCGGCGUUCGCGCAGCCCGAGUACACGGUGUUCGUGAAGGAGAACAACCCGCCCGGCUGCCACAUCUUCACGGUGUCUGCGCGGGACGCAGACGCGCAGGAGAACGCGCGCGUGUCCUACUCGCUGGUGGAGCGGCGGGUGGGCGAGCGCGCGCUGUCGAGCUACGUGUCGGUGCACGCGGAGAGCGGGAAGGUGUACGCGCUGCAGCCGCUGGACCACGAGGAGCUGGAGCUGCUGCAGUUCCAGGUGAGCGCGCGCGACGCGGGCGUGCCGCCUCUGGGCAGCAACGUGACGCUGCAGGUGUUCGUGCUGGACGAGAACGACAACGCGCCCGCGCUGCUGCCGCCUGGGGCGGGCGGCGGGGGCGGCGCGGUGAGCGAGCUGGUGGCGCGGUCGGUGGGCGCGGGCCACGUGGUGGCGAAGGUGCGCGCGGUGGACGCGGACUCUGGCUACAACGCGUGGCUGUCUUACGAGCUGCAGCCGGCGGCGGGUGGCGCGCGCAGCCCAUUCCGCGUGGGGCUGUACACGGGCGAGAUCAGCACGACUCGCGCCCUGGACGAGGCGGACUUGCCGCGCCAGCGCCUGCUGGUGCUGGUGAAGGACCACGGCGAGCCCGCGCUGACGGCCACGGCCACCGUGCUACUGUCCCUGGUAGAGAGCGGGCAGGCGCCUAAGGCCUCGUCGCGGGCGUCGAAGGGCACCACCGACCCAGAGGUGACUCUGGUGGAUGUCAACGUGUAUCUGAUCGUCGCCAUCUGCGCUGUGUCCAGCCUGUUGGUGCUCACGCUGCUGCUGUACACGGCGCUGAGGUGCUCGGCGCCGCCCACCGAGGGCGAGUGCGGGCCGGGGAAGCCCACGCUGGUGUGCUCCAGCGCGGUGGAGAGCUGGUCGUAUUCACAGCAGAGGAGGCAGAGGCAGCAGAGGGCGUGCUCUGGGGAGGGGCCGCCCAAGACCGACCUCAUAGCUUUUAGCCCCAGCCUUCCUCAGGGUCCCAACUCUACAGACAAUGUGAGUCUAAAAAAAUCUUAUUUUCAACAAUUUAAAAACACCAUUAUUUAGGUUUUCUACUUAAAUAUUCUUACAUAAUUUAUUCUAUUUUUAGUUGAUAGCUUUAUAUAUAACUAUUAUAUUUUUAAUGUUAUUGCUUUAUUUGCACUAUUUCAUUAUCUUAGAUUAUAUUUAUGUUAAA